GAUCGAUAUCAUUUUGUGAAUGUUUACGUUACGUCCUCUGUCAACGAUGUUGGGAAAAGUCGUGGUAUCUGUGGAAAACUGUCAGCAACAACAGAUGAUGACUUGAUUAAGAGAGAUGGUUCCAUGACAAACUCUACUGAAGACUUCGCAGAAUCUUGGAGGGUUGCAGAGACUGACAACUUGUUUGACCCAGAGGUCAUCAGAGCAGGACUACCGUCCUACAAGCCGUUACUCCAAUACUGUACAUGUGAAGAAAUGAAUCUGACAUGUACCGCCAUGGCUGCCACCGAGACGGUCAAAACACCGAAGAACUUUCAGGAUAUAAAGCCUAAGAACUGUGUUAUAUCUAAGCGGAAAAAACGCAUGGCCUUGCGCACCCCGAAACGUUCAAAAAGGCAAGUGCAGAGUCAGAAGACAUCAGAAGAAUGGUUUAAUGGCUGGAAUGAGACACUGGCACAGGCAUACUGUGAGGACAAGUUUUCAGAGUCUAAAGCAGUGAAGGUGUGUGGAGACGUCCCUGGUGUCAACGUUGCCAACAGCAAACGUGAAUGUGUGAAGGACAUUCAGCUGAGUGGCACUGAUGCUUUUGCCUCAAUGGCUGUGGAAAGCGUCUAUACAAAGUGCUUUUGGGAGGCUUUGGUGAAUCCCAUUUUGAACAUAUCUGAGCCUGGUGAAACAUCAGUUUUUGAAAAGAUUACGGAAGAGAUAUGCACUCAAGAUUGCAGCAAAAGAGGUGUAUGUGAAAAGGGACAGUGUCGUUGUAACCCAGGUUUCGGAGGUGGAGAUUGCUCUGUCGAACUGUCCAACCCCCCUACUCUAUUUGACGUUGGAGACGGAGGUCGCUGUGACCUAGCUACAGGAAAAUGCACUGAAACUGCAGUACUGGGUGACAUCUUUAGUGGGGAAGAAUCCUCCAGAUGUCAAAUAAAGAAAAGCAUGGUGAAACAGGAUGGACAGAUGGCAAUUUCAUCCGUCAUAACAUCCAAGGCUGUCACAGAGAGUAUAAGUGAAGUGACUUGUUACCUACCAGAUGCUAUUGCGGAUGAUGUUACCACCAGCUACAACAUUUCAGUGUCUAACAUUGGAACGUUCUACAGUAACGAACUGACCGUCCUGGUGUAUGACUCGACAUGCGUCACUGUCGACAAUGACACUAUGAUCUGGAGUUUGCGGGAUGGAUACUGCACUCACAAAGGAAAGUGUGUGAUGGAGGGGGAUACAUUGGAAGAAGAUGCUUGCGUAUCAUGUGAAAUCAACGACAACCAAAGAAUAUGGAAGACAGCAACAGGUGGAAAUUGCUUAAACAGAGCCGGGAAUGUCAGUGGCAAGAGGGUGUUUGUCAUGUUGGGUCUUCUUGUUGCUGCAGCAGCUGCCUUGAACCACGGUCAAUGAUAUGGAAACAUUGAAUCCAUUCAGGAUAUCAGGAUACAUGUAUAUGUCCAAUUUCAAUUGUUAUAAAAUCCUAUGAUGAUAGAAAACCUUCUAACAAGCCUGUUUUUUACACACAACCAAUAUGGACAAUUUGGACUAUUUUUGUUUGUAGAGAUAAAAAUGUUAAUACUUGCAAGUGUCAUAUGGGGUCAUCAAAAUGAUAAAUCAGACAAUGUUGUGUUGGCAACAGUCGGUAUACUUAUUCAUGUAUGCUUAACACUGAUGAGGAGGAUAAACAUAAUGCAUCUCCAAGAAUCUGAACAACGAAUUUUGAUUAUAUGUUUUAUGUUAUUUAGACGAGUUUUCCUUUGUUAUCUUUGUAAUUUGUUUGAAUCUGAUUUAUUUACGUUAGUGUUUUGUACAUGCUUUUUCGUUAACAAAUAUUUGUCCACGUUUUAGUGGUUUGUGAAAUUUUAUAUGCAGGAACACAUUGAGAUUUUUGUAGCAUAUUUAUGUUUUAGUGUCCUAUUUUCUUUCAACUUAUAUCUAGUAACAUCCACAUUUGGACUGAAUUAUCUUUGUCUAAAUGUUUUAUGUAUGACCAAUAACUAUCACGACGUUACAAGGCUGAAAACAGCUUCAAAACACUUCAAACAUGAGUUCCAUACCACCAUUAUGAUACCCUUAUCAAAUACAUCGCCAUUGAUUUACCAUUUCUUGUUUUGUUUUUUUUCAUUUUCGGCACCAUCAAACAUUAGUGUAUACUUUCUUUUGCCCAGCAGUUCAUAUGCAAAAUACCAGCAGCCCCAACUGUUGUCAGGCAGUUUUCAAAGAGAGCACAAACAAAACGAACAAGGAACUCUUCAACAGAUCUCAGUGAAUUGAUAUGUUUCUAUUUCCUCUCUAUUUAUAUGUAAUCAUUUGAUAUUUUUGAUUAUUUUCAGCUCUGAGAAACAACGAUUAUCUGUGAAUAAUACAGAAGGAAAAGUGAUUUGAACAGAUUAUUAGUCAAAUUUAUAUAACAAUGUAAAAUAAAUGAGAUUUCUCACAUAA